GAACCAACCACCCGCCAUAUUUCUACGCCACAGGGUCUCUCUCUCGCAGAGACAAUGAAGAACCCAAAUUUGAUGUACGGGAACCGGAACCAUGGCUCCGGAGCACGAAGAACGCCGGACCGGCUAACGUACUCGCCUAGUACCGUCGACUACGACGCAUCCUCCAUCCAGAAGUCGCGUAGCGGCCGGAAUCCGAUGAUGAUGGCGGUCAAGUCAGUGGCUGGAGUUUUUGUUUCGUGCUUCACUCCGCCGGAAACAACGAGUUCGAAGAACUUUGGAGAUUCUGACGAAUUUAGAGCUCCUUCGGUUGCAUCCGAUGUUUCGCGAGCUGGAAGUGUGAGAAGACGUGUCUCAGGCUCAAGUCAAGGUAUCUAUGCCAAUUCAUACAAUUCAACACAUGGGAGAGAACCUGGGAGUGUGAAAUUCACUUUGGAGGAGAUCUACAAGGCAACAAGGAAUUUCUCCCCUUCUUGGAAGAUUGGACAAGGUGGUUUUGGGACAGUCUACAAGGGCAGACUUGAAGAUGGAACCCUUGUUGCUGUCAAACGCGCUAAGAAGAGUCUGUAUGAUAAACAUUUAGGUGUGGAAUUUCAGAGUGAGAUCCAGACAUUGGCACAGGUCGAGCAUUUGAAUUUGGUGAGGUUUUAUGGGUAUUUGGAGCAUGGAGAUGAAAGAAUCGUUGUUGUAGAGUAUGUCCCCAAUGGAACCCUCAGAGAACACUUGGAUUGUGUACAAGGCAUCAUUCUUGAUUUUGCUGCACGGCUGGAUGUUGCAAUUGAUGUGGCCCAUGCCAUCACCUAUCUUCACAUGUACACAGAUCACCCUAUCAUCCAUAGAGACAUUAAGUCUUCCAAUAUUCUUCUCACCGAAAAUCUUCGAGCCAAGGUUGCCGACUUUGGUUUUGCUAGAUUGGCAGCUGAUACCGAAUCAGGUGCCACCCAUGUAUCUACCCAAGUGAAAGGAACGGCUGGCUACCUAGACCCAGAAUAUCUGAGAACCUAUCAACUCACUGAGAAGAGUGAUGUCUACUCAUUUGGUGUAUUGCUUGUGGAACUAGUCACAGGCAGGCGCCCCAUUGAAGCUAAACGGGAACUCCCGGAGCGAAUAACUGCCAAAUGGGCCAUGAAGAAAUUCACCGACGGAGAUGCAAUUUUUACCUUGGAUCCUAGACUGGAAAGGAAUGCUGCAAAUAACCUAGCACUGGAAAAGAUUCUUGAACUAGCAUUACAAUGUUUGGCUCCACAGAAACAGAACCGACCAAGCAUGAGGAGGUGUGCAGAGAUCCUUUGGAGUAUCCGGAAGGACCACAGGGAACUAUCAGCCUCAGACACUCGGUCACUCUCGUCUCAUUCCCAGAGGAGUAUUCAACUCAGAGAAGGAUAAGCAGGUAGGUGAACGGUGUCAGCAAGAGUUGCCAUAUCGCUGAAGUUGAAUUUGUAUCAGAGAUCAAAACAUACAGAGAGGAAUCCCGCAUGGAUUACCAUAGAUAUCCCACAUGGAUUGCCAUGGAUCAAAACAGUUCCAGUAUUUGAAAGGAGCCAUGGAAGCAGCAUGCCAAUGAUCUUGGUAAACAGCCUAAAAUUUCACUCCAAGAAGCUUUUUUUUGCUAUAAAAAUUAGAGUCUCUACAUGGAGUUAGCUUUUUUAUGUAUAGGAAAUUCAGUUUUGAAAUGGUUUAUUGCUUUGCUUCCUCUAGAUCCUUGUGUGAGUUUUUCCUUUUCAUUUUUCCCUCUUGUGUGAGCUUUAGAUAUUUUUUCAGAAGAUUUUAUUUUUAUCUAUUCGAAACAUUGGGAUAAUGUAUUCUUUCUACCAUUUUUCACUGUGUCUCA